UAGAAAUAAAAUUUCAAGAAACUUCAUAUUAUGCAUUGCGUAAUCAAGAACGUCUUCCUAUGUCCUAUUUUGAUGUGUUGAGAAGUUUAUUUAUUAUCAUUACUGUCAAACCCCCUAAUUUCGGACAGGGUACGUAAUUUCGGACACUCAGUGUUUUUGCUCUUUUAUUGAUAAGAACCAAGGGUACAAGUAAAAGUGAACACUUCUUCUAUUAGUUUAGAUCACGGACAAUCUCCUUGAUGUAAGAAUUUUCAUUUUACACUAUUUAUUUAGCCAUUAAAAUGGACUUUACAAAGUGCUUCAUGUAAAGUGUGGGGAAAAAGUUAUUCACAGAGUCCAUCCAAAUGCUUUCAUAACCACGAAAAUCGCUCUAAAAUAUCAAGAAGUCACUGGUAAUUAAAAAUAAAAUUCAUUUAUCAAAUUUCACGUUUUGUUUCUAUUAUUUAAAUCCUAAAAACUGAAAAAGUUGCGAAACGGAUCAUUAUUUCGGACACUUUGGUUAACGCUUUACCGAGAUUGGAAGGGUAACACUGAUGCACUUGCAAAUGUGUAUUUUUCGAGUUCGACGGUAUUUUUUCAAGUGUUUUCAGUUUUGAUGAAGAUAUUGUACUAUUAUUUCACUCAUUUUCCUAAAAACCAUUCUGAAAAGUAAAAGUCGGAGUCGUAAAAUCAUCAACAAGGAGUUUGAUAAGAAAUUGUUCAAUGUUACCAACUUAUUUUUCUAAUGAGAAAGUGGAUAAUGAGAGUGCUGAACAUUUCCUUGAAAAAUUGUUUUUCUCUACAUUUCACAUCAUGAUUCGAGCUGUUUUUGAUUGGAGUUGUUUUUCAGAGGUAAAUAAUUUCUUUUUCAACUAAAAUUUUCGAGUUCCCACGUUAAAGAAAAAGUGUCCGAAAUUAGGGUACCUUGGACCUAAUUUCGGACACUUUUCGGAUUCAAAUUAAAUAAACAAAAUCACGUAAAAUUUAUAAAUUGAUGCUCAAAAACGAUUCACACGAUGACAUUCUAUGAGAAUGUGAAGAUAAACACCAAGUUGAAUCGCUCGUUUUAAAGCCCUUUUCGAAAAACGUGAAAAAGUGUCCGAAAUUAGGGGUUUUGACAGUAUAAAUUAAGACGUUAUUCAUUACACUCCGUACUCUUCCCAUAUUCAUUACAGAGAUUAUUUUUUCAUUUCUCGUUUGUAGUUGAUUCGUUUUACUGACUGUUUUUUUUCAAAGCCAUGGGUUAGAGUUCUGAAUUAAUAGGUAACAGCACCACGUAAAAUAAGGCUUUUGACGUAUUGCGGGUUGCAUAUCGGUUUGCCUGAACUUUAUCGGUUUGGUGGGCAUUCUUAUCAGUGAGUAUCAAAAUGUCAUAUUUUGAGCAAUUUUCAUAAGGUGUUUUUGAAAUGUAUAGCUUUUAUUUAGUUUUUUCUUCAAUUUUAAACACUGUUAAACCCUGUAAUGGAAAAAGAUCCUCUCUUCGUCGAGUUUUAAAGAAGUUGACAAAACGUCUUUGAACCUCGACAAAGAGCGGAUCUUUUUCCAUCACAGGAUUCAACAGUGUUUAAAAUUGAUGGAAAAACUAAAUAAAAGCUAUAAAUUUCAAAAAAACCUUGUGAAAAUUGCUCAAAAUAUGAAAUUUUGAUACUCACUGAUAAGAAUGCCCACCAAACCGAUAAAGUUCAGGCAAACCGAUAUGCAACCCGCAAUACGUCAAAAGCCUUAUGUGAAUAAAGUAAAAACAAGUGAAAGGAAAGUAGCUUAGGUUGCAAUAAAGCUGGAUUCACUGAAAAACCUCAAGAAAUACUAAAUUUGAAAACAUAUUAUUUAUUUUAUAGAAAUUUUAUAACACUUUUAUCAACUGAAGAACCAAAGAACUAUAUAAUAUAAACAAUUUUUCGAGAACAAUUAAUUUUUUUUCGCAACGAAGACUAUUUUUUUGAAACAAAAAAGAAACAUUUUACAAAACGUCCGAACUCUCGAGAUGGUUGAAUACAAUUUUAGAUGGCAACAAGUUCGUUUCGGCUGUCGCCCUUAGCACGAACCUUUUCCCGAAUACGAGAUUUCUACUAGGAUCAAAUCAGUUUCUGUAGACUUAAAAUCAAAAACAAUAACAGGAGCUACGAUAAAUAUUAGCUAAAUUCUAAAAACAUUACACGUAUUUGUUAAUUUUUCAUUUACACUGCGGCUGCAAAAACUGUUCGCGAGUUUCAUUGAAAAGUGAAUUUACAUGUCAGGUAUCAGAAUGUCAUCUGAAACAUACAGUGAAUUGAUGCAUUCACAAACGGUAUCGUCAAUAUCAAACUUUGUACAAUGUAAUUCCAUUCUGAGUGGCUCAAACUCACUUCAAACUGACACCUCUCCUCGUAUUCGUUGCUCUCUCCUGAAUUCUCUCUCAUGUUCCAUUCCAGACUUGAAAUUGAAGUAAAGUACCGUCGAACAGGUUGCAUAAAACAUUAAACGAAAUUUUCGGUUCUGUAAAGUACAAUACGAGUGAAAAAUAGUUCAUCUAUUGAAAUCAACGUUAGGAAUGAUGAUACAAACAUAAGGAAGAGCACGUAUUUCUUGAAAAAUAGAUUUCCUCUUUGAAGAAUCCAUUGGAGAACUCUGAGCUAUGCUAUCCAAAGGUUUUCGAUGACCAUCACAUAAACAGCGGGCUUGAAAAAUAUCCCACAAGUAUAAAUCAAUUAAUAUAACAAUUUGACGAUGAAACUCCAAAGAAAAUAAAUCAAAAUUCAAGAUAGAAAUUCAAUUUUGUCAAAAACUUUUUCAUCACCUGUUAUCACUACUUUUGUUUUUUAAGGAACCAGGGUAGCAAGAGUAGGGAACCUAAUUUUUCUGCUAACUGAUUUCGUCUGCAAAAAUAAUGGCAACACUGAAAACAACUUUUUUUAAAUAUUUUUUUUUCAACAGUUUUGAGUUUUUAACUUCGAGUUCGAAUACUUUUCUCGCACCAGUUGUUGGCUGUUUUCAUCGAUGAGCAAAAUGGAGGAAUGAGGAAAAAAUAAAGGCGGACUUUUUCAUCUGGUAAAAGAUGGCGAAUAUUUUUGAAGAAUUUUUCGUUGUCCGAAUUUGAGAAGAACUAAAAAGGUUGUUAAUUCCGAUAUUUAUAAUUCGCGAUUGUUUUACAAUUUUUUUUACGCUAUUUAGAGUGCUACGAUGGCGUGUAAUACGUGUUAAGUUCAUUUAUAAAGUAUGAAUUCGAGCAAUUUUGUAAAUUCGUUUUAAUCGUAACGCUUUUUACUUUUCGUUUGGUCGGCAAUACGGCUACACAAUCAAUCCAUUCUAUCCGCUGUGUAGUAAAAAUUCUUCAUCUGUUUAUUCAUGUCGUGUAUUUCGGCGUUUUGGCUAUGGUUUCAAUUCCUGCGACAAUGAAAUGGAAGUGAAUAGCGGAUUCGUUUUUAUCUAGUCUUAUUUCGCUAGUAAAUUGCAGGUACAGUGCGAGAAAUGUCUGCUGCUUGUCGAACUUUGAUACUUGAUAAACACUUGUCGUCGCCAAAUACAUCAAAGUCUGAUGCAUCAAUUACCAAAGUUACCAGUACACCCUCUCCAUAUCACUUGUUAGAUCACGAGUAUGGCAUCACGCCCAAGGAUCAGAUUAUCACUAGACCGUUGCUGUCGCCUAUAAAAACUCAGAAUGUGAAGAGAAAAUUGAAUUUAGAUGCCAAUUCUAGGGAAGAUCGUUUCAAAACUCCAGUCGGCAAAAAAAGGCAAUCCGGAAAUUAUUUCAUCUUGAAAAGUAAAAAGCACGAACGUUCUUCUACACGGUAUGACACGUCACUGGGGCUAUUGACUAAGAAAUUUGUCAGUUUACUUCAGAAUUCGGCUGAUGGCGUUGUUGAUCUGAACAUUGCAUCUACAAAACUAGAUGUACAGAAGAGAAGGAUAUAUGACAUUACGAAUGUACUCGAAGGGAUUGGAAUUCUCGAAAAGAAAUCAAAAAAUAACAUCCAAUGGAAAGGUGGUCAAGUUUCCGGUGACGAAUAUAAUACAUUGCAAAGAGAGAUCGCUUUGUUAGACCGUAAAGAAAAACAACUCGAUCAAUUGAUCAGGAACGCCGAGUGUAAUUAUAAGCAAAUGAGUCAAGAUAAGAGGUAUGCUUAUGUUACCAUUGACGAUUUCCACUCACUCGGCAAAGAAAUGAGAGAUCAAACUUUGUUAGCCAUAAGAGCGCCUGCUGACACUUUACUAGAAGUACCCAGGAGGGAAGAACGAAAGAUUAACGUACAAAUGCAUAUGAAAAGUACAAGAGGUCCUAUCGACGUUCGCGUUCUUCAAGAUAGCUCAGUUGGAAUGUCCAAUUUGGAUUUCUCGUCCAAUAAAACUGCAUCGCCAUUGAAGCCCGCUCAUACGAAGGUGGCUUUGAGUGGAAAAUUAACUCCCUCGAAGCCGGACAUAAUUAAAAGUGAGCCCAGCUCGUCGCCUUCUACAAGUACUAGUUUGAAACCAGAUGAUGAUAUUUGGAUAUCGGAAUCGGACGACUUGAAUAAUUAUUUCAUGAACGAUAUCGAUAAUCAACAUUCGCCCGAUCUAAGCCAAAUAAUGGUGGAACCUUUGUUAUCGUUGGAAGCGCCUACAGACGAAUACAGAUAUUCAUUAUGCAACGACGAAGGUCUCCGAGAUCAGUUUAUGAUUCCAUUUUGAACUCUCACUCGCGUUCGUUUUAUAUUCACGUUUACGUUUGCAAUGUCCUAUUUGAAAAUGGUAUUCCGUCGAGCCACGUUGAUGAUUCGGAUAACAUUGUGUGCGUUGGAAUAGAAUAUCGCGCUUCAAUGACGAAUCUGUACAACUAUACAUAGGUACUCCAUAUUAAUGUGCUUUUACGCGUUAUCGAGUCGUGUAUGUGUAUAGUCUACUUUUCUUAUCGGUAUAUUCGUGUUUGCAUGAGAAUACGUCUUUGUCAAUAAAUGCAUUUAUGCAUUUUUUUUCUCGUCACUUCACAUAGCCUGAAAUACGACAAUUUCGAAUUGUUGAUCAACAACCAAAGAAAAUAUUUUAAUCUCCAGAAUUUGUUUGUCAACGUUUUAGAAUUUUCUAAUUUUGUUUUCCGGAAAAAAAUUUUCCCCAACGUAUUUCUGAUGAUACGUAUACGCUUGUUCUUUUUUCUUUUAUUGUGUAUAUAUAUUUAUUUAUAUAUCUGUUUCGUGUGUUGAUGUAUUUUUAAUGUUGAAAGUUUGUUUUAUAUUUAAAUACCUAAGGUAAUUAAGUAUUAUAAUAAGUCGUGUGACCAUGCGUGUGUAAAAUAUAGGUUCAUGAGAUCGUGUAUAUUUAGGUAUAUAAAUAUACGCGUAUACUUUUAAUGUUACGAAUGCUUGUUAGUUGUAUACUAUGACAAGUUUAAGAUGUGUUAAUUACAUCAACUGACUGAAAUAUUUGCGCUCUUAUUUUCAUUUAGGUUUUUUUUUUCUAUGUUUAAUGUGAUGAUUCUUCUGUCUUGUAUUGCAAUUAGAAUUACUGUUUUAAAUGUAAUUUUUAACUACUUCUUUCUCUCAAGUUGUAUUCUUAUCGCGUAAGAUAUACGUAUUUUACGUUCAUCUUUGAGAAUUUCCAAAUUUAUAAGAAUUUUAAUUGUCCAUUUUAAAAUUUUGAUGAUAACGACGUAACUCGUUUUAUAUUUACACUUAUUCCGUUCUUGUGAACUUUUUACUUCAAGACAAAUAGAAUCAACCUGUGUUUAACUAGCUUUUGACACCUUCGCCAUUGUUUACAAUAUUUUGUCUAUGUUUUCUUUUGUUUCAGUACAUUUCUAUUUAUUUUA